CCGAACCCAUCAACCAACACCUCUCCGCCUCCGCGCUUGUCAUUUGUCGCGCCCCACACACGCAGCUCCUCGUGGCGGAACUUGGUACUUGGCGGCGCCCUCUCUGACCUCUCCUUUUUCCUCACCUUUCGAUCGGCGGCCGCCUCCCUCCUCCUCCCCUCCACUCCCGUACCCUUCCCCGAGCCGCCGCCGCCGCCGCCAUGGCCAUGAAGGGACCCGGCCUCUUCUCCGACAUCGGCAAGAAGGCCAAGGAUCUGCUCACGAAGGACUACACCUAUGACCAGAAGUUCACCAUCUCCACCGUCAGCGCCUCCGGAGUGGGCCUCACUUCCACAGCUGUGAAGAAAGGAGGGCUUUAUACUCUUGAUGUCAGCUCAGUUUACAAGUACAAGAAUACUCUUGUUGAUAUUAAAGUGGACACUGAAUCAAACAUCUCUACCACCUUGACUGUGUUAGAUGCCCUGCCAUCCACAAAACUUGUGACGUCUGUGAAGCUGCCUGACUACAAUUCUGGAAAGGUGGAAUUGCAAUACUUCCAUGAGAAUGCAAGUUUUGCUACUGUUGUUGGCACGAAGCCAUCUCCUGUGGUUGAACUUUCUGGGACAGUUGGUGCUCAAGGAGUUUCGUUUGGUGCGGAAGCUGGGUAUGACACAGCUACAGGAAAACUUACCAAGUACACUGCUGCAAUUGGUGUAACCAAGCCAGACUACCAUGCUGCAUUCAUUCUGGCCGACAAAGGUGACACCAUUAAAGUGUCAGGUGUUUACCACCUUGAUGAGAAGCAGAAAGCCUCAGCUGUGGCUGAACUAACCCGGAGGCUCUCAACAAAUGAGAACACACUCACUGUUGGUGGCCUAUACAAGAUUGAUCCUCAGACCGCCGUGAAGGCAAGGCUCAACAACACUGGAACGCUUGCCGCGCUUCUUCAACAUGAGCUCAAACCCAAGUCACUCUUGACAAUCUCUGGUGAAUUCGAUACCAAGGCCCUGGACAGGGCCCCCAAGUUUGGCCUGGCACUUGCAUUGAAGCCCUGAUCAGAUCAUCCCCGGUUAAUUGCUGGUGAAUUUUGAAUUCUUUGGUUGUUUUUGCAAAGCUGUAGCCAAUAAUUUGUUCCACGGAUCUGUUCUGUUAACCUGGCAAAGGUUUGACGCUGUGUGGGAUGGAUCCGGAUGGGUCGUCUACAAGAUUUUUUACCCAUGAGUUUUUGUUGUUGGAAGCAUCUGUAGAUGUAUGCCGGUUGUUUCUUUAGCUUCUAGGCUCUCUGCCACUGAGUACUGAGUAGCCGCCACGGUAAUCUUUUGCAUGCAGAAACUACAUGUGAUUUUUGUGUGGUCUUGAUUGAUUUACCGCACGCUUUUUUUGGGACUUAUUUAUCAUUUGUAUGUGGUGUUCA